CAACAACCCAAUCUCAACCAUUUUUCUUCCAAAUCCAGCAAAAUCAAAAUCUAAAAAAAUGUAGAACUCCUAGGAAACCAGCUGAAUCCCGAAAAUCCAAAAUCAAAAACGAAAAGGGAAAAAAAAAAACCAGGAAACCUCCAUUGAUGUACAAAAAAAACUCAAAAACAACAAUCAUUGAACAAAGAAAUCGCGAUCAGAGGAGAAGAACCGAGUAGAAGGAGAGCUGGAAAUCAAAGAAACUCACCCAUGAUUGAAUCAGAAGGACAAUUGAAGGAAACGGAACCAUUACAAAUAUUGGUGCAGAGCAAUGGGCAUUGGGAUGACAACAGAAACUAUGUUGAUUAUGAAUCAAGUGGAGAAUUAAUUUCGACCAAGUGCACUUUUGAGGAACUAAUGAGAAUAAUGAUGGAAGAACUCCAAUGCAACCAUGAAUCAACACAACUACAACUGAAAUAUCAACUGAAGGAAGGAGGCCAACCACUACAAAUCAAGGAUGACAAAAGUCUGUUGUUCUACAUAAAGCUAUUAACGAAGGAGGUUGAUUUCACAAGGUACCCAUUGUGUGUGAACAAAACCAGUAACACGGCACCACCUAACCAAACAAUGGUGUGGAACAAUAUGAUCAUGGAAUCGUAUGAGAACAACGCAGCACAGGAAGACUUGCAGCAACCUGGAAACAACACGGCAACAACUUCCAAGCAACAACUAUCUGCGCAGACGAUGGGAUCUGGUGAAGUUGAUGCAUUUUUCCUAGAAACGAUAACGAGUGUCAUCAGAAUCAACCAUACAACAACCAGACAACAACAGAGAAAAAACUACAGCAGUAGAUGAAGAUUUUGACUUCACCGACUAUGCAAAGCUUGUGGCUGCAGAAAUGGUACAGCAACUAGAAAACAACCAGGAAGAAGAAGAGGAAGUGGACAACACAGAAAUGAUGAUCAUCAAUGACAAACGACAUGAAACAAUAGAGAAGGGGCAAAUUUACAAGGACAAAGAAACAUUGAUAAGUACACUAUGCUACUUUGCAAUCAAGAAGACAUUUCAAUACAAAGUAGUGAAAUCUUGCACAAAAGAAUACAACAUAGUGUGUUUGGACACAAACUGCAAAUGGAGUUUAAAGGCUACAAAAAAUGGAAACACAGAAACAUUCAUAAUAAGGAGCUACGAAGAAGAACACACAUGUGCAGUUACAAUAAGAUUUGGAGAUCAACGACAAGCUACAUCAAAGUUGAUAGCAGACUUUGUAAAACCAAAAUUCUUGAACCUGAAAACAAAGUGCAGCCCUGCAGACAUAAAGACAGAAAUGAAAGACAAAUACGGAAUAAAGAUGAAUUACAUGAAAGCAUGGCGUAGUAAAGAGCGAGCACAAACCCAGCUACAUGGAAAUGCUAAAGAGUCGUACAAUCUCUUGCCUAGAUACCUGUACAUGCUACAGAAAACAAAUCCAGGAACAUUAAUAGACAUAGAGAAAGAUGAUGAUGACAGUUUCAAAUAUGCAUUUGUUGCAUUGAAUGCUGCUAUAAAAGCUGCAAAAGCUUACACAGAAAUGGAGUUUGAAUUCCAUAUGAGGGAGCUAGACAACUUGGAUAAGCGCAUAAGACCGUACCUGGAGAAAAUUGGCCAUGAAAAAUGGUCAAGGUAUCAUUCAGAAAACAACAGUAUAACUAUGACAGAAACUGUCCAAAUUGUAGGUACUGCUACCAUGACAUCAAACAUAGAUGAGGCACUGAACUCAGCAAAUUUAGCAGCAAGGGAAACACCAGUGACAACAUUAAUGGAGUGCUUGAGGGCACAAAUGCAAGAGUGGACAUACAAUAAUAGAAAGGAGGCACAAAAAUGCACAACAAGGCUGACACCAUCAUCUGAGAAAAAACUCAUAGGGAACUAUGUACAGUCAUUGCGACUAACAGUGAAACCAGCAAACCGGAACUCCGUUUGA